AUGCAGAGGGCCGAGUUAGGACCCGACGAGGAGAUUUCUGACCUCGAGAUAUACAACAAGAUGCGGCUUAAGAAGCCCGAUCUCUCGCAGCCUCAGCCCUCGCUCCCUGAGUACUUCGGCACCUACGCCGAGGACGUCGAGAACUACUGCGCGAUGGUGAGGCAUCGUCACCCGGAGGUGGAUGACCCCAUGAGCGCGGAGGUCGACGAGGAGUCGUUGGUCCUGUCGUCCGGAGGGUUGCCGCAUGGCCUUCUCGCCAUGAUGAACAAGGCCGUCAAGCAUACCCUCACCACGACCUUCACGCGUCUCAAGGCGGGCCUCACCAAGGACAGCCCCCCUCUCCCGCCUCGUCGCCGGGCUCGGCAACAACCCGCAUACGACCCUGACUUCGAGGCGGCCUACGCGGCCGCUCAUCAAGAAUAUCAGGUGGCCUUCAACCGGCAGCAGCAGCAGUUCACGGAGUACAUGGCAUAUAUACAUGUAAGUUCCAACCUUUGUUUUCGCAAAUGAUGACAAGUCCCACUUUCCCCUAGUUUGAUGCUUCAUUUCUGCAAAGACUGACAUGUAAACUAUCUUGCAGGCGUCGAUGCUGGCCAAUCAAACUGGACAGACAGUGGAUUUAGGGCCGAUGCCUCCCUUUCCGGGGCCGGCGCCAAACUAUCCAUCGAAGGAAAAUUUCGCUACGGAGUACUAUGGGAGAACAGCGGUAAGU